CCUUAGCAGCAUUUGCAGCUGAAGUGGAGGACUUUGUUGAACAGAUUCCAGAGUGCCACAUACUCAAGUCAAAUAUAAAGAAUCUAACGUUCUAUCAGAUUACCCAGAGUGGGUUAAGGCCUAAGGCCAUGGCUAAAGAUCCACUGGAAGAAGCAGGCCUUCAUUUUGAUGAACUUAAUAAACUAAGAGUGUUGGAACCGGAGGUGAGCCAGCAGACCACCGAACUCAAGGAGGAAUGCAAGGAUUUUGUCGACAAAAUUGGACAGUUCCAGAAAACAGUCGGUGGUCUAAUAGAAUUGGUUGAUGAACUUUCCAAGGAGACUGAGACAGAGAAGAUGAAGGCUAUUGGGGCCAGAAACUUGUUGAAAUCUGUGGCUAAGCAGCGAGAGGCCCAGCAGCAGCAACUUCAGGCUCUAAUUGCUGAGAAGAAGAUGCAGCUUGAGAGGUACCGGAUUGAAUAUGAGGCAUUGUGUAAAGUUGAAGCGGAACAGAAUGAGUUCAUAGACCAGUUUAUUCUGCAGAAGUGACCAGACCAUGGAGGUUCUAUGGAUUCCAGGGUUCCACUUUAAUUUUGUCUUUGUUUUGUGUUUUAUUCUUAAUUUGUGGACGGCAAGCCCAGCGAAACUUGAAUACCAAGAGGCCUCAGACAGAAAAGUAUUCAGUUCUGUCUUAUCUACAGCUAGUAGAUCAGUUAUCAAAACUUACACAUUAGAAAUCUCAACUCCCCUUCUCCCCAUGUUAUCAAACAUUGAGUGCUUGAGCAUAGCAGGGAUUCCACUAGUGACAUAUUUGCCCCAUUAUGUAUCAGAGAGGCAAAUAUAAAUCUUAUAAUAAAUACUAUUUAUAUAUAGAGGAAUUUAUUUAUACUAUUUAUACUGAGGGGUUAUGAUGUAAAGCGCACAUUGUUUUUUACCACUGAGGAAAAUAAUACAAACUACAGUAUUUGCAUGUUGCUGUUAAUAAUUUUUUGAAAUUCAAAACCUUUAUGGAAUACAGUUUUCCUCAUUAUAAUGUGUACUUUCUAAUCCCCAAUGUAAGAGAUUCCAUUAUAACUCCAGUACAUUUCAUCAUACUGUUUGUUUUACUCAUGGGACCACACCAAAAACAUUGCUCUCAGGAGGGACAUUUAAAGUUCAGGAAAGUUUACAAACAUUCAAAUUUGCAACCAUUUUUUGCUUUUGUUUAUUGCAUAAAUAGUAAUUGUACAAAAAUUACAAAUCCCCUCUGUCUUAUGUGUAAUGACAUGUAGACACAUUUCACAUUAUAGUGAAAUAUACUUGAAUAAAUCUUUUGCAGAUU